AUGGCAAAGGUAGGACGAAUAGGGGAAUAUGUCGAAGGGAAAGAGGAUUUCCAAUGUUAUACCGAGAGGCUUGAACAGUACUUCGCCGCGAAUAAAGUUGCUAACGACAAGCGGGUAGCCGUAUUUUUAGCUGUAGUUGGUGCGCACACAUAUAGCUUGUUACGGGACCUGAUUACCCCUGAUAUUCCAAGUACCAAGACAAAAGUUGAACUGAAACAGACGUUGAAGUUACAUUUUAGGCCAAAGCCCCUAGUAAUCGCAGAGAGAUUUAAAUUUCACUCACGGAAACAAAAUGACACAGAAACUAUUUCUGAUUACUUGGCAAGUCUGAAAAGGUUGUCAGUUGACUGUGAUUUUGGUGAUUUUCUGAAUCAAGCCCUACGUGACAGAUUUGUAUGUGGGUUGAAAAAUGAUGUAAUCCAGAAAAAACUGUUAGCUGAAACUGACUUGGAUUUUAAUAAAGCAGUUCAAAUCGCCCAGGCCAUGGAAAUGGCCUACAAGAACACAAGUGAAAUACAUGUCAUGGCUAAACCGGAAGUGCCGAUACACCAUGUUAAGCGCGGCGGAAGAAACAGUUUUAAAGGAGGGAUGCAGGGACAGAGAAGUGAAAAGUUUGAGAAAACUACCCCCAGUAAACAGAAAUCAGGUAACUGUCAUGACAGGAAGCAGUGUUUUAGAUGUGGAGGCAAGCACUCCCCUGAUGACUGUAAAUUCAAAAAUGAGAAAUGUUAUGAGUGUCAGCGAGUCGGACACAUUGGAAGAAAGUGUAAAUAUAAGAAGAAAAAUGUUCGAUAUCAAGGCGUAGACACUGAUGAUGAUGAAGAUUUUGGAUUGUUUGGUCUAUAUGAACAUACGCAUCAUACUCAGAGUACCAAGACAAUGGGUGAAGAGUACCGGGUCACUGUAAGAGUGGACGGAUAUCCGAUUAAUUUCGAGUUGGAUACUGGUGCCGCGGCUACGAUUGUGUCGGAGAGUGUAUAUGAGGAGCACCUUAAGCGCUUACCAUUACAGAAACCUUCCAUUAAGCUGAGAGACUAUGGAGGAGGUAAAGUGCCAAUAGUCGGAGAGAUACAGGUACCAGUGGUCUAUAGUGAACAGAGUCGUAUCUUACCAUUACGAAUAGCUUCGGGUAAGAAACCAGCUCUUCUUGGACGUGAUUGGCUUCAGUAUUUGAAGUUGGAUUGGGCGAAAAUUUUCUCAGUCAAGCCGAUAACAAAUAGUGCUAUAAACAUAAAAGAGCUCCUGCAUAAACAUGACAAAUUAUUUGAAAAGGGGUUAGGUACUAUCAAGAACUUUCAGGCACGGAUUCGCGUGAAACCGGAAGCCCAGUCUUAUCUUUUUAAGGCUCGCCCAGUUCCAUUUGCUCUUAAGGAACCGUUGGAGAAGGAACUUACUAGACUACAGAAUGAGGGCAUCAUAUCUCGAGUGGACCAAAGUGAUUGGGCAACACCAAUAGUGGUAGUACCCAAGUCGGACAAGUCUAUUCGCCUAUGUUGUGAUUUUAAGGUAACUAUUAAUCAGUGCCUUGAGGAACAGCAAUAUCCUCUACCCAAUGUGGAGGAUAUGUUUGCUCAGCUCGCGGGAGAACAGACGUUUACCAAACUUGAUUUGUCGCAGGCUUAUCAACAGCUCGCUCUUGACAAGAUGUCUGAACGAUACUUAACAAUCAAUACACACCUAGGAUUGUUUCAAUUUCAUCGCUUACCGUUCGGGGUAUCAUCCGCACCAGCCAUCUUUCAGUCCGUGAUGGACCAAAUCUUAGCUUGUACACUAUGA